AUGGAACCAGACGGACCCAAACUGGUGCUCCGCAGGAAAAGCAGCGCUGGAACACGCAAGACCUUCGUCCGUUUGAUCGGUGAUGAGGCGGCUAGUCUUCACCAACUUUGUUCCGAAGCGUUCACCAAGCUACCGAACCCACAGAGUCUUCCCUAUUCCAAUGCAAGCAACGCCGUGCACCCUGGCUGA